UUACACAUGGGAAGUCAUGCUAACCAUAUUUCCAUAUCAGCCAUCCAAGCACUCAUUCUCUAUCUCAUAUACUAUAUGGGUCCUUCUAUACUUCUGUCCCCAGCUCAUUUUUCCUCUUUUGUCCUCUAGUAUUUUUCAAGAUUACCAAAUUGCACUCAAUGGAUUUCAGAGCUAUGAAAAGCUUAUAGCCUCUAGGCAUUAUUUUCAGUUUUAUUAUUUUUUUUUCAUUGCAGUGGUUUCUUUUCUCUUCACACCAUGAACAAAAGUAUAUGUUUUUGGGUUGGUUUUUUUUUUUUUUUCCUUUCAGACUCAGAGACCAGGCCUGAGACCAAGACAAGAACUCCAAAGCAGAGAGUUUCUCGAGAAAGAUCUUUGCAGGGCCUGAUGGUGGACAGACUCUCAAGCAGUAGCCCCUUGUUCUCCAAGUUUAAAGGACGAAAAAUCAGAGAAAGUGAGAGCGGUUUAAAUAUAAGUCAGGGAGGUCAGGGGAAACCCUAUGAAUGCAGUGAAUGUGGGAAAGGCUUUAUUUACUGCUCUGAACUUAUUCGACACUGGAGAAUUCAUACAGGAGAGAAACCUUAUAAGUGCAAUGAAUGCGAGAAAACCUUCAGAUAUUGCUCAUCCCUCACCCAGCACCAGAAAAUUCACAUUUUAGAGAAACCCUAUGAAUGCAAUAAAUGUGGGAAAGCCUUUAGUGAUAAUUCAACACUUCUUCGACAUCAGAAAAUCCAUAAUGUUGAGAAAACGUACAAAUGUAAUGAUUGUGGGAAAUCCUUCAGUUACUGCUCAGCCUUGAUUCGACAUCAAAGAAUUCAUACUGGAGAGAAGCCCUAUGAAUGCAGCGAAUGUGGGAAAACUUUUGGGUACUGCUCGUCCCUAAUUCAGCAUCACAGAAUCCACACCAUAGAGAAACCUUAUAAAUGUGAUGACUGUGGAAAAGCCUUUACCGAUAGCUCAAACCUUCUUCGACAUCAGAGGGUUCAUAACGUGGAGAAACCUUAUAAAUGUAAUGAGUGUGGCAAGUCCUUCAGUUACUGUUCAGUCUUUAUUCGCCAUCAGAGAAUUCACACUGGAGAGAAGCCUUAUGAAUGUAAUGAAUGUGGGAAAUCCUUUAGCCACAGCACGUGCCUUACCCAGCAUCAGAGAACUCACACUGGAGAGAAACCAUAUGAAUGCAGUGAGUGUGGAAAAGCCUUCAGCCAGAACUCAUCCCUUUAUUAUCACCAGAGAGCUCAUACUGGAGAGAAACCAUACAAGUGUAGUAUAUGUGGGAAAGCUUUCAGCUACAAUGCCUCCCUUACCCAACAUAAGCAAACACAUACGGGGGAGAAGCCCUAUGAAUGUAGUGAAUGUGGGAAAACAUUCAGUCGAAGGACAUACCUUACUGAGCAUCAGAGAAUUCAUAGUACAGAGAAGCUCUUUGAAUGCAGUGAAUGUGGGAAGUCCUUUAGCCAGAACUCAUCCCUUGCUGAACAUCAAAGAUUCCAUACUGGAGAGAAGCCCUAUGAAUGCAGCAAAUGUGGGAAAGCCUUCAGCCGGAGCACAUUCCUUACUCGUCAUCAGCAAACUCAUACUGGAGAGAAACCCUACGAGUGCAGCGAAUGUGGGAAAGCCUUCAGCCAGAGACAGUCCCUUUAUUACCAUCAGAGAACUCACACUGGAGAGAAACCAUAUGAAUGUAAUGAAUGUGGGAAAUCCUUCAGCCGCAGCACAUUUCUUACUCAACAUCAGAGAAUUCAUACUGGUGAGAGGCCUUAUGGCUGUGACGAAUGCGGGAGUGCCUUCAGCAGGCGUGCAGCCCUCACCAAGCACCAAAACCUUCAUUGCAGAGCAUAUCUACAUUGAACGUGGCCUAGAUUUCAUUUUGACUUAACAUUCUGUUAAUACUCUGAAGUCAAGAUGUCACAGAGUAGUACUCUAGGUAGCCGUGGUGGCCUGCGUCCUAGAAUAUCUGUGUCCAUUAGCCUUUAAGCAGCAGGCCAGCCCCUGGUCCCUGCCCACCCCAGGUAGGCAGCAGAGUGGGGAGAGCGUCAUGGAACCCCUGCCCUGGUACAGUACAGGCUUUAGGUAUAUUUCUACAGGUGGGCUACCAAUAUAGGGACUCACCCUUCAGACCCUGGAGAACAUUAAGGAUUGUGGCCUCUACCUCUGUGAAAAUAUGAACCCACAAAAGAUUUCAGUGUCUUCUCAAUUGAUGAAAGACUUCAGCUUGGAAUCUUUGGACCAAGUAGAAAUUACAAUGGCCAAGGAAGGUAAAUUUGGGUUUGAUAUAGAUGAGGAGAAGUUAAUGCGUCCACAGGAGAUUACAUUUCAGGCAAACAGGGUGUAUAUCUAUAAAGUUUCUGAUAUAUUUUUUUAAUUAAAACUCUUGCCUUCCAUCUUGGAAUCAAGA